UCGUCCUGGCAAAAGGAUAUCAAAAGAGGUGAGAAUAAGAAUAAGAAGUGUUUAAUGUUUGCUGUCUUCUCUCUGUUUUUGAGUUUCAAAUAUGGUUUGUUUCGUUAACUUUUCUGCAUUUGUCUUCCAAGGAAUCAAUCCUUCUUACCUCACCCCCUCAACAAUUUCACUCCAAGAUACGACUAUUAAGAAAGAUGCAUUAGGAUAUUCUCUCGUGAGUAAGCACCGGAGUAUGACCGGACAGACCAAGAGAAAGAGUAUUUUAUCCGGCGAGCUUAAGUCGGUGCAAAUCCAGGAGGCAUUGCCUGAGGGUCUCAAACCAGAGCUUAUGCCUAAGCACGUUGCUAUUAUAAAGGAUGGUCACCGGAGAUGGGCCAAUGAGAGAGGCUUAACAAUGCAGCUUGGGCACACAACUGGUGGACGUGUAAUAAAGGAGAAAGUUUUCCUCUGUUGCAAAUGGGGAAUCAAAGUUCUUUCGGUAUUCGCAUUUUCUACAGAGAACUGGGGUCGUCCCAAAGAGGAGGUUGACUUUUUGAUGAACCUGUUUGAAGAGGAAAUACGAACAGAUCUCCAGGAAUUUACAAGAAAAAAUGUGCGUAUAUCAGUAAUUGGAGACAAAUCAAAGCUUCCAAAGUCACUGCAGGAAUCAAUAGCCACCGCAGAGGAUACAACAAGAGGCAACACUGGACUCCAUCUUAUGAUGGCAUUAAACUACAGUGGACGAUACGAUAUAAUGAAAGCAAGUAGAAGCAUAGCCAGCAAAGUGAAAGAUGGCUUUCUUCAAGUUGAAGAUAUAAAUGAAACCCUAUUUCAGAAUGAACUUGAAACAAAAUGUGUGGAAUUUCCGAACCCGGAUUUGCUUCAGAAUGAACUUGAAACAAAAUGUGUGGAAUUUCCGAACCCGGAUUUGCUUAUACGAACAAGUGGGGAACAGAGAAUCAGCAAUUUCUUCCUGUGGCAGUUGGCCUACUCAGAAGUCUACUUUCCAGAAAAAAAGUUUCCUGACUUUAAAGAAAAAGAUUUCAAAGAGGCCUUAAGUUCAUUUCAGAAAAGGAAGAGGCGCUAUGGAGGAAACGAAUAGUAGAAUCAUCGCUAAUAAUUAAGCACAGUUUUACUUCUUCCGACAUAUAUGUAUUGUGCUCUAAAUAGUUUUAUAUUUUCAGCGAUUAAUUAUUAAUUCAAUAAUGUUUAUCGUA